AUGUAUGUUGGAAAUAGAGUUCAACAAAUUCAUAAUCUUACUGAUGUUAAUUCAUGGAACUAUGUUGAAUCUAAUCAAAAUCCCAGUGAUGAUGCCAGCAGAGGACUAUCAGUCUCUAAGCUUCUUUUUAAGUCAAUAUGGCUCAGUGGACCAGCUUUCUUGAAAGAAGAUGGCGACACUCAAUGUGAAAGUCAAGUAUCUGAUGUAAUAUCAAAAGAAUUUAAAAAGUCUAAUGUUCUUACCACGUCUAAUAUACUUACCACAUCAACCGAUCAACACAAUGAUGUUACAUGUAUUAACAAAUGGAUAUACAAAUUUUCCAGUUGGUCAAUGUUUAGAAUUGUGAUUGCUUACAUCUUAAAUCUGAAGAAAAGUUUAAUGAAUGCAGCUAAGGUGAAGUGUAAGCAGAAUGGUGUUAUGAGCCUAUUCUCAGGACAACACAGUGCAACAAUAUAA